AUGGCUCGGCAGAACUCACCAAAUGAUGGAAUGUUCAAUGAAAUAAACCGUAUUAAAGGACAACAGACAAUGCUAUAUGAUGCGCUCGGAAUACCUUUUCCGGUGAAUGAGAUUGAUGAUUAUUACCACCCUCAAUUUAUAAGUUCCAAUGUACACGAGGUUACAAAGACUUUGGACAUCAGAGAUGGCGAUAUUAUGCUUUGCUCAUACCCUCGAUCAGGUCAACACUGGAUAUGGAACAUCAUUUACAGAUUGACACAUGGAAUGGAAGAGGCACCCAAGGGUCACGAAGAGUUUUGUAUGCCGGAAUUAGUAGGUCAUGAUCUUGAUAAGGUUCCAUCACCUAGAAUACUACGCACUCAUCAACUGCCAGAUACUCUACCUAAAGAUAUAUGGAGAAAGACGUGUAAGGUUAUAAAUAUCGUUCGCCAUCCUAAGGAUGUGGCAUAUAGCUUAUUCAAACACCACUCGACCUGGGAACCAUAUGGGUAUGAUGGAACUUGGGAAGGAUAUUUACCCAUGUUUCUUAAAGAAGAAGUUGCAUGGAAUGGAUUGUUCAAACAUAUAAUAGCCUACAGCAAGAAAGCAGAAGGAACAAACAUUAUGUGUAUCACGUUUGAGGAAUGUAAAACGGACACCCUUGGGACAAUAAAGAAAUUAGCCAAAUACAUAGGCCACGAAAGGAGUGAAGAUGAUUACAAACAAUUGAUAGAAGCCACGCGUAUCGAAGCAAUUCAAUCGAGGAACAGAGAAUACGAUCCUCUUUCAAGAGGUGAUCGGGGAAGGGAUGUCAUGUUCAGACAAGGUAAAAUUGGAGAUUGGAAGAAUCACUUUACUGUAUCUCAAAACGAGGUGUUCAAUAAAGUGUACAAGGAGAAAAUGAAGGGCAUACCAUAUGUGUAUGACAACAUUCUAGACAUUUAACAAAGCGAUGUGUUUGUCUGAGAAUCUACUUCCACAAAUUUCACCAGAUCUACUGACCAAAUGAUCAUGAACAGUAUACUCAUAGUCUAAUGUAAAACUUUAUACAAUUGUAGACCUCUCUUGAGGUCAACUGGCAAAAUUGUAUACCAAUACUGUAAACCUUAAAAGUUAUGUUGACCGAGACCGGAGGUCGAGGUCAACAGUACAGUCAGGGUUUACUGUUGAGGUAUACACUUUGGCCAG